GGAGCUGGCCGAUCAUCAGCAGCUUUACCUCACUGCCCUUCCAGCAGCAUCUCACCUUCAACCGGCCAGACGCGCAUCCACCGCCGCACCCGAACAGGAGAACAGAAAACACACAAGAGAGACAGACGGCGUCAAAUAAAGCAAACAGGGGAAAUCGAGCAACAUCACAGUCGGUUGUUUUAAUGAUGUAGGGGAUCGUUUUGCGGUUUGACAUCUAAUUUAGUCCGCCUUACUGCGACAAGGAAACACCAUCCAGCUGCGCAUACAUAAAUAGCAGCCAGUCUCAGCUUGUCAGGAUAAAACCGUGCAACCUCUCCACCGUCCAUACAGUCCUCUCGACGAAGGAAGGACGGAGUCACUGCGCACCCCGCGUCGUUUAUUUUGACGGUCAGAUCAGGCCCCCUGCUCGCCUCCAGCCUCAGCAGCAUCUUCCCUUUGAGCAGCAAGAAAGCAGCAUCCGUCCUCCUCCUUGAAUCUGCGCAAUGGCCGAUGUCCCAGCGGAGUGCAAUAUAAAAGUGCUGUGUCGCUUUCGCCCUCUCAACCAGUCGGAGAUUGUACGCGGGGACCAGUUUAUCCCCAAAUUCCAAGGAGACGACACUGUCGUCGUCGGGGGGAGGUCCUACUCGUUUGAUCGAGUGUUUCCAACCAACACCACCCAGGAGCAGGUGUACAACACCUGCGCCAAACAGAUUGUCAAAGAUGUCCUCUUUGGAUACAAUGGCACUAUCUUCGCAUAUGGACAAACCUCCUCCGGGAAGACUCACACCAUGGAGGGCAAGCUGCACGACCCCCAUCAGAUGGGUAUCAUUCCUCGCAUUGCCGAGGACAUCUUCAACCAUAUCUUUGCCAUGGAUGAAAACCUUGAAUUCCACAUCAAGGUCUCAUAUUUUGAAAUCUACAUGGACAAAAUCCGUGACCUUCUAGAUGUUACAAAGACCAACCUGUCUGUCCAUGAGGAUAAGAAUAGGGUGCCGUAUGUCAAGGGAUGCACUGAGCGCUUUGUGUCCAGCCCCGAUGAGGUUAUGGAUGUGAUCGAUGAGGGCAAAGCGAACCGCCAUGUUGCUGUGACAAACAUGAACGAGCACAGUUCUCGCAGCCACAGCAUCUUCCUGAUCAACAUCAAGCAGGAGCAUGUGGAGACUGAGCAGAAACUGUGUGGAAAACUGUACCUGGUGGAUCUGGCUGGCAGUGAGAAGGUCAGUAAGACUGGAGCUGCGGGAGCCGUCCUGGAUGAGGCUAAAAACAUCAACAAGUCUCUCUCUGCUCUGGGAAAUGUCAUUUCUGCCUUGGCUGAGGGCACGAAAACUCAUGUGCCGUACCGUGACAGCAAAAUGACCCGCAUCCUGCAGGACUCCCUGGGUGGGAACUGUCGCACCACCAUGUUCAUAUGUUGCUCUCCCUCCAGCUACAACGACGCUGAGACCAAGUCGACUCUGAUGUUUGGACAACGUGCCAAGACCAUCAGGAACACCGCCUCCAUCAACCUGGAGCUGACUGCGGAGCAGUGGAAGAGGAAGUACGAGAAGGAGAAGGAGAAGAACAAGACCCUGAAGGACACUAUCCAGAAGCUGGAGACUGAACUCAACCGCUGGAGAAAUGGCGAGAACGUGCCAGAGACUGAGCGCACCACAUCAGAGGUUGUGACCCGUAUCGAGUCUGUGGAGGAGCGCCCCAUUUUGGACAAUGACACCUCCUCCAUUGUGGUCCGCAUUUCCGAGGAGGAGCGGCAGAAGUACGAGGAGGAGAUCCGCAAGCUGUACAAGCAGCUGGAUGACAAGGAUGAUGAGAUCAACCUGCAGUGCCAGUUGGUGGAAAAACUGAAGCAGCAGAUGCUGGACCAGGAUGAGCUCUUAGCCUCAUCGAAGGGCGAUGGGGACAAGGUCCAGGCUGAACUCGGCAGGCUGCAGGUGGAGAGCGACUGCGCCAAGGCUGAGGUGAAGGAGGUGCUGCAGGCUCUGGAGGAGCUGGCCAUCAACUACGACCAGAAGAGCCAGGAGGUGGAGGAGAAAGGCCUGCAAAACCAGCUGCUGGCUGAUCAAUUGUCCCAGAAAAUGAACAGUCUGAUGGAGCUGGAGGCAGAGCUGUCUCGUAUGCAGGAAGUGAGCGGUCAGCAGAGGAAACGCAUUGCUGAUGUCCUCAAUGGUCUGAUGAGGGACCUCAGCGAGUUCAGCACCAUCGUGGGCAACGGGGAGAUCAAGCUGCCGGUGGAGAUUAGCGGUGCGAUCGAGGAGGAGUUCACGGUGGCUCGCCUUUACAUCAGCAAGAUCAAGUCGGAGGUGAAGAGCAUGGUGAAGCGAUGCCGCCAGCUGGAGAACAUGCAGCUGGAGUGCCACCGCAAGAUGGAGGAGACCGGGAGGGAGCUCUCCUCCUGCCAGCUCCUCAUCUCUCAGCAUGAAGCUAAGAUCCGCUCUCUGACGGAGUACAUGCAAAGUGUGGAGCAGAAGAAGAGACUGCUGGAGGAGAGCCACGACUCUCUGAGCGAAGAGCUGGCCAAGCUGCAAGACCAGGAUAACUCUCUGCUUGAGGAGAAGGAGGGAGAGAAGGGAGAGACUGAGGAUGCAAAUGUGAAGAAGACUAUUCGUCAGCAGGGGGAGUCUCACCGUGGCCUCCAUCACAAGCAGCUGGCCCGCCUCCGGGAUGAGAUCAAUGAGAAGCAGAGGAUCAUUGAUGAGCUCACUGACCGUAACUCCAAGCUGGAGCUGGAGCUGGCUCAGGUUCGUGCUGACUUUGAACGGCUGAAGAGUCAGGACAGCACCAAGAGUGAACGCCUGGAGGAGCUCUCAUUUCUGCAUGAGCGCCAUGAGCAGACUAAACAGGACUUGAAGGGUCUGGAGGAGACUGUCGCCCGCGAACUCCAGACCCUCCACAACCUGCGCAAGCUGUUCGUUCAAGACCUCACGUCGCGGGUUAAAAAAAGUUCCGAAAUGGAACCUGAUGAUAGCGGGGGGUCUUGCACCCAGAAGCAGAAGAUUUCCUUUCUUGAGAAUAACCUGGACCAACUUACAAAGGUUCACAAACAGCUGGUUCGUGACAAUGCAGAUUUGCGUUGUGAGCUUCCAAAGUUGGAGAAACGUCUUCGGUCUACUGCUGAGAGAGUUAAGGCCCUGGAGACUGCACUGAGGGAUGCCAAGGAGGGCGCCAUGAUGGACCGCCGGCGCUACCAGCAGGAGGUUGACCGCAUCAAAGACGCCAUGAGGGCAAAGAACGCCCUGAGGCGUCCCCAUGCAGCACAGAUCGCCAAGCCUGUGAGGCCGAAGCAGCUGACCGUAUGCUCUCCCACCAACCCAUUCUACACUUACAUCCGUGCCACUGAACACGCCAACACCUACAGCAACGCCCUCUUCCAAGGCAACGUGACACAGCCAAGCUCCGCCAGCGUCAACUGCAACCCCAACUCUGUCCAGAGCAACACAGUUUCCACAGCGCUGGGCUACAGAGCAGGCAGAUAUAAUGGAGACAUACUGGAAUCCUUCCCACUCAACAUUGACAAUGGUAACAGCCUCAGUGAAACAAGAGACAUCAAUGACAACAGGAGUGAAGUUCAUUGUGGCAGCGAAGUGGAUGAUACAAACAGGCACUACAUCAUUCAGCAGGAGACCGCUGCAAGUUAAUGCCAUGAAGAUGACCAAACACUGUACCUGUCAAAGGACCCUCCCUUCCCAUCUGCAUGCAGCCUGUCUCCCAUCCCUCCACUGCAUCACGACGAAGAUGAUGAUGAAGAUCUGUAGCCCCUGUAGUCUUCUAACUAGCUGAAGCCCCUCCUGCUCCUAUGGUGACCACUCUCACCCUCAGUUCUGGGAUCCAGUCUUUUCCAGUUCACUCAGUGCAGGAAGUAAACUAAAUUUGUGUUUUUUUAAAUACAGAAUCAACUCAUCAAUCCUUCAGCCAAUCAAUUUGUUUGAUUACCUCCUGGGGUGGUUGAACUGAAACUGGACUCCAUCCCUGAUUACUUAGUACACAGAUGUUGUAAAUAAUAGUGCUGUAUACUCCAGUAGAGGUUUUUGACCAGCAACUGUUUGUGUGAAUGCACAGCCUCCACCGUCCCCUGCACACAUCUUCUUAAGGGCAUCAUGUGGAUGACAUGCUGUAGGCAGACAUGACCUUUUUCUCCGUCGUAAAUAAGAGUAUAGUGUGUAACGCCAGCUUGUAACAGAAGACCCACACUCUGCAUGCAUGUCGCUUAGCGGGUUAGCUUUCAAAUCUUUGCAUGUGUCCUGAUUCCAGUCAGGAGCUGGUAUGCUGCGAGUGAAGCGUCUGAUCGACUUCGACAGAUGUCACACACACACGCACACAGAAAGAGAAAGAGAGAGCUGGUUUCCUUUAAUCCUGAUCCAGUACUUUAGAUUUUAGAGGAUAGAGGACAUAAAAUGUAACAUGCAUCAGGGAAACCCAGCCCAGACUUGCAGUCUGUGUCGAGGAAACCUUUUGUAAUUGCUUUGAUACUGUGAUGUUGCAGCUGUAUGAUGCCAGUGUACAUUUCAGGUGAUGCUGCCCACAUCCAUUCAAUGUGGCUCCUUCCCUGCAUUGCACCAACACUUCACGAGUCUUUAUACCGAGCCUUAACAAGAGCUGAUUUCUCAUUAUCAAACUAACACACCGUCACAUGCAUACAUUUGUAAUUACUACCUCUAGAGCAGCCCAUUAUACACCUAUUACAGUAUACUAAAAUAUCAUCCUUUUAAACGCUGAAUAAGAGCUGAUCUUAGAGUUUCUAAGAGAAGUUUUAGUACACCAAUAGCUGUAAGUAGAUUUAAAAGCUCUCAUAAGGCCAGUAGUUACGUUCAUACACAGAUUCCUUCUCCAUCAUGUAACAGGAUCAGAGCUGGGCUGAAAAAGCGAACGCUACCAUUUUCUAGAGCAGCAGAGGACGAGAAAGUUUGAGUUCAUCACAUCAGGGCAGGUCAGUCAAGUUCAUUGUCUAAAGAGAAGUGUACUACAUUGAUAUUCAAGUAUUUUCCUAAACUUUCUGGUGUCUGAUGUAUUUUCCUCUUUGGCACCUAAAAGGCUGAAAUUACAGUGUCUUUUAAUUUAAAGUUACACUAUUAACAUGCUUUCCCUGUGUUAUGUAAAUUUGGAUUUUAAACCAGAAGUGAAAAAACAUCUCAAACCCCUUUAAGACGAUAUGGAAGUUUUUCAGUGAUCUGGUGCUUUGUAAUCAGAACCAUCAAAAGUCCAAUGAUUAGGGAGUGUCUGCAAACGAGUCCCCAGCUGAGCAGCCACCAGUCUGGGAUGACCGACUGUUUGACAGAAGCUUGUUGUUUGUAGCUUGUUGUCAGGUCGUGCUGCUGAUCUUCUGUUUGAAAUCCUGACCAACCAAUCAGGAUAGAAGAAAGCAGCAUGCCUUAGGUGGAUGACGAAGACAUGGAUGUCUUUGGACUGAGCUGAGUCAUUGAAUUAAAGGACAGAUUAGACGUAGAAGUGUGUCGUUCUUAAAGGAAACCUUCAUGUGCAAGUGAAUAAGUGAGAUAAAGAGUUGAUUUGUAUUUUCCAGACAUAUUUGAUCACAAGUUGAGUCUGAUCUGAUUCUUCAGAAUGGAAUUUUAUAUUGAAAAAUGCGAAGUCCAGGCUAUUAUAUUGCUUGACUGGACUUAAUCUACAUGUAAAUUAUGCCCAUUAGGCCGUCAACAGUCGUGAUCCUUAACAGCUUCAUUCAUGACCUCACCGCUCUGUGUCAUGCUCUUACCUGCAUUAACAACAUCUCAGGGCUUCACAUUCACAAUCACAGUCACCAUGGGCCACCACCGUUGUCUUACUCAUAGACGUAAAAACCAUGUGAUUGCUGGUGAACAAUCAAGUCAGAGUGUGUUCUUCAAGGCUUAGCAGAUGAACGGGGUAAUAAACCUGAUAUUUAACAAAUAACAUAAUUUUAUACAUAACAUCUUCAUUCUAGCACAUGACAUCUAAAGUGAAAUAAUCCCCCAGCCUCGCCUGGUCAGACCCUACUGUACGUGUCCAAGCAGACCCUCUAUUUGAUAUCAUGUUUUAAGUAUAAUCAUUAACUUUGAAGGAGGGGAGAAAUGUGUACUAUAUUGUCACCUUCUGUUCCACUGUCUAAAUUUCAACAUAUCUAAAAUACAUGUGCUAUAUAUUGUUAAUCUUGUAAGUAAAAUAGCGUGCCAUGACAUAGUAAAAUGCAAAAGAAAGUCACGCGCUAACUUUGUUCAGAGAAAUGUUUGUUUUAUUUAUUUCUGUAUGCCUAUACUGUAGCGUCAACAUGAUUAUUAUGUGAAGAAUCACCGUGCAAAAUUUCUGUAUAUAUAGACUCAUCACUAUGCUGUAUUGUAUGUGAACCAUUGUGUUGUAGUACAAAGUUCAAUAAACUUGUAGAAAGGA